AGAAGAAGACCCGGAAGUCGGCUGAUUGUUGUCAGUAACGGCUGGCUUUGUCGGUCCCGCUUUUUUCACUUCUUUCUGUGUUUUUGUAUUUGUUUGUUUGUGUUCGGUUCGGUCCUUUAACCCUCUCCGUUCCGGUUCUCUUGGAGGGUACCGGCAGAGUUUCCAGGAGCGGGAAGUUUGAAAUCAACCCGCUGACUCCGCUCAAGUCCGGGCGACAUGUUCUGUAUCCGGGACCAGACCGUCCGGAUCGAUCCAGAUCAGUCCACUUGCAGUUCGGACACCGGCGACGUUUUAAUCCGCUCCACCCGGAUCCAGCCUGGACCGGUCCGGAUCAAAGUCCACAGACUGGAUACCCUGGCCCAGCCUCCUCUGCCGGGACCAACCACAGAGACCAGACCAGAGUCCAGUACAGAACAUGAGUCCAGGUCCACGGUUCAGACCAGCCCAGAUCCUGCACACGGCUGCUCUCAUCAUCCCUCCUCAUCCUCCUCCUCUACUGCUGCUGCUGUCAUGGAAACCAUCCCUGUUACCGUAGUAACACCCCGCCAUAACCAACGGACGGAUCAAACCAGUCACGUCAGCUGUCAGUCCCUGUCCUCGGCCAAUCAGAGCCAGGCAGCAGCUGCAGCGAGAGCCAAUGAGGUGCUGAAGGAGGUGGAACAUCUGAAGGCCAAGAUGAAGAUGCUGCUGAUGCCAAAAGACCCUCUGAAGACCACCAGACCUGGACCAGCACAGACCCCGCCACAAAACCAGAAAGGAACCACCACAAAACAGACCCGAAUCCAACAAAACCACCUCCAGUCCCAACAGCGUCAGACCCGAACCCAACAAAACCACCUCCAGUCCCAACAGCAUCAGACCAGAACCCAACAAAACCACCUCCAGUCCCAACAGCAUCAGACCAGAACCCAACAAAACCACCUCCAGUCCCAACAAAAUCUGACACUACCUCCCAAAGAACAAACCCAAAUCCAACAAAACCCUCACCAAUCCAAACAAAUUCCGACAUCCUCCCAACAAGACCAGACCCAGAACCAACAGAACCAAAUCCAAUUUCAACCAAACAAAACUCAAAACUCAAAAAACCAGAUCCCCUCCCAACAAAACCUGUUCCAACCCCCAGAAAACAAGACUCAGUCCCAAGACCACGUUUUCCAUACCAGACAGGACCCCUCCCACCAUAUAUUCCAAAGUCACAACUCAGUUCCCUCCCAUCAGGUCCAGUCUGUGCUGGACCAGGGAGGGGCGGUAGUCCCGUCUCUGCUGGAGGAGGCGAGUCAGGUUCUGCAUUGGGUUCGAAGGCAGCGGAAACUUCUAGAGGAAAAUCUGGAGGCUCAGCUGAGAGCGAAGACCAGCGAGGUUCUGUACUGCCAGCUGGAGGCGCUGUCUGCUAACAGAGACUGUACUGAGGAGGUUCAUAUCAAGCAGACGGUGGACUCCUGGAUCAGCAGCUUAACCACAGACAUCCGGGCUGAGAUGGCAUCAGAAGAAGUUGCUCACCGCAGACCUGCCGCUGCCACCACAUCAGCCAAACCCUCAACCAGCAGGAGCUCCACCCACUCAGUCCAAGGGAGGCCAGUGAGCGCACUCAGAGGAGCAGGCGGCAGACAGACAGCUGCACACAGAGCGAGCUGUCAUCAGGGGGCGGGGCCUGACAGCAAGGAGGUGGAGUCGUACCUGAGCCAUCUAUACGGCAGAGCUCCACACGACAGACUCAGACGAACCCUGAAGAAGAGUCCGUACCUGAGGUUCAGGUCACCUUCCUCACCUCAGAGCCACAAGCCCCGCCCACGACUGGUGGAGAGUGUCAGAGGUGUGACGGUGAAGUCCUGUAAAACUCAGACCAGUCUGGCUCCACCCCCUCCUCUGUCACCUGAGCAACCAGUGCCUCAGCGCUUCAGCUCCGCCCACCUGACCUCUAGUGACUCUUUCGACCUCCCACUGGCCCCCUCAGACAAUUACCCUGUUGCCGUGGCAAUCCCACUAGGUCGUUCCAGGAUAAACUCCUCCUUCAGGUGUCAACAGGAAGUGACCUCAGUGCCCCUAGCCCCGCCCACAGUCAGCAUGGUUGCCCCAGACUAUGAACAGGAGGCGGAGCCUGUAGAGGACAGUGAAGCCCCGCCUCUUGUCUCUUCCCCUCCACCAUCAAACCAUCUGUAUGUCAUGGAGACGAAGGGUGAGGAGGAGGAGAACGUUUUUCCUGGAACUGACUUUGUGUCUGUGGUCGAUGUCAUAGAGCAGGAGGUCACUCAAGACGUGGUCCAGUUGGAUGGAGGUCCGGCUCCUCCUCCAGUCCGGUACCAGGGUCCGCUCUUCCCUCCUCAGGUUCCGCCUCCUCAGGCUCCACCUCCUCAGGCUCCACCUCCUCUCUCUUCCCCAGACCAGGUUUGUCUUCUGGGUUCACAUCUGAGCUCAGACACCCUGGAGAGCCACCUGGUGGACUGGGUGGCGCAGCAGCUGAUGUCUCAAAUGAUCUCUGAGAUGUACCGCCCCCCUCCUGCUGACCCCGCCCUCAACGACUCCACUGACCAAUCAGAGCGAGACGAGCAGAGUGUGACCUCAAACAUCGGGGGGGCAGCGGGGGGCGCUGGUCUGCAGAUCCUCAUGGACUCUAACGUCUCUGUGGACUCGGAUAUGCUAAGGAACCUGGUCCAAGAGGUUCUGACAGAGACCGUGGCCCUGAUGCUGGGACAGAGAGACUCACUACAACCAGAACUGGACCCACAAGGAUCAGGACCCGGACUAGGACCAGGACCAGCGGCCCCUCAGGAGGAUCCAGUUCUGGUUCCUCAGGCUCUGACACCACAAGCCACACCUCCAUCCAGUCUGACACCGCUGAGCAGAGAAACCCCGCCCCUGACCACGCCCCCUCCAUCUGAACCACCCAGUCUGAAUGAGGAGCCGCAUCAGCCAAUCCCAGAGCCCGAGCCUGUGGCCACACCCACAUCCAGCCCAGAGCCUCCUGUGGAUCAUCAGGCCACGCCCCCUCCGACCUGGGAAGAUGCUGAGCUUCCAUUGGCUGAAGAGAGACCAGAGGAGGAGGAGCAUAUGGAGACACACCCACAUCCUGUGGUGAUGAAGGUGGCAGAAGAAGAACCUCCUCUGUCCACUCCUCUUCCUCCUCCUGGGUCUACUCCUAGUCCUGGUUCUGGAUCCAGACCUUCGUCCCCCUUGGAGGACAGCUGUGCCUCCUCGUCCUCGUCCUCCAGUGCACUGACUUCAGCCAAACACAUCUCUGAGGGGGAAGUGUUGUCCAGUGUCCACCAGAGGAUGUCCAUCACAGAGGAGGAGGCAGGGUUGAGUUUCUCUGGGUCACUUCAGGAGCUUCAGGAAAUGGACUGUGAUCCUCCCAGUGAAAGUCAGGUCAAAGGUCAUGAAGCCCUCCUGGCCCUGAUGUUCAAGAUGGUGAGCAGAGAGCCCCGCCCCCCACCAGAGGGCUCCUGGAGGCGGGGCCAGGAGGGGGAGGAGGAGCUCAGCAUUGGGGAGGUGAGAGAAUGUGAGACAGCGUCACCUGGACGGACAGCCAAUCAGGGAGAGCUCCACAUGGACCUGUCUCUGACUCUGCCUUCUCCUCACCUGGAAGGCGACCCAGACCCAGGUUCGGUCCUGGAUCAGGUCCGGGUGGUGGAUUCGGAUCUGCUGAGAGAAGGAGUGAAGAGAACACGAAGGAACGGAGAGGAGGAGGAGGAGGGCAGAGUCAGGAGGAUGAUGGACAUCCAUGUUCCCUCCAUCAGAGCAGACUGUCAGGACCAGAACCAGAACCAGGAAGAUGAGAACAGAGCAGAUACAGAAUCGUCCAAUGACGUCUUCUGAAAUGUCUUCGUCUCCUCAGGUCAAACCUUUAAAAUAAAAAUAAAAUAAAAUAAAACCAGUUUAAAUGUGUUUAUUAAA